AGCUAAGAAAAAAGAAAGAAAGAUGAGAUAAUGCGACAUAACUAUCACAAAAAUUAAGAUUUUUAAAAAAAAAUUAAGUUGGCCAACUGAGUUCGCUGGCAUACUACAUUAUCCUUUAGCUGACUCUCUUUCAAUUUCGCCAUAAGAACAAGCCAAACAACGCUGGACAUAAGCCGCUGACAAGCUUUCUCGAAAAACAAACCAACCAAAGACAGAAGACAAAUCCUCUAGCAGUUUAGUCGUCCAGAUUUACUUCACAAGAGCUGAGACUUUUUGCAGGAUUUUCCAAGACAUUGAGUCCAAAAGCUUCUCAGUUUCUUUGAUGGGUAGAAACGUGACGUCGAUUGGAAACCUCUCUUCUACAAAGGGAGUGGAAGAAAGACUUUCUGUGAUGAUGAAUAUCUUAUAUCCGGUACUUUAUGGUCUAAUAACCACAAUAGGAGUAAUAGGAAACACGUUGGUUAUCAGUGUAGUCAAGAAUAAACGCUCAAUGCAGUCAACCACGAAUAUACUCCUCGCGAAUCUAAGUUUGGCUGAUUUAUUGACUCUACUAUGGAGUGUGCCCAUUGAAGUUCUUUCACGACUUGAAAGCCACCCAAAAGGGGUCCUAGGCUCGUAUUUAUGCCGGUUUUUAUCGAUUGGUAGUUUAGUGGUAAUCACAUUGACUGUGUCUAUAUUACUUAUGACAUUGAUUUCUUUAGAGAGAUAUCAUGCUCUGGUCAAACCCUUCAAUCGUCAACGUCGUCUAAGGAAAAACAMCAUCAUAUUUGUCAUCAUUCCAAUAUGGAUUGUAGCUCUGAUCUGCUCACUUCCAGUUUUUAUAUUCUCUUAUUACAACACGGAGGAUUAUAUAUGCGAGCUAGAUUGGACAGCAAAACAAUUUCUCGUAUACUACCUGUUUUUAUUUAUCUGUUUAUUUUGCAUCCCACUUUCAGUUAUCUGUUAUUGUUACUUUAGCAUUAUCAGGGAGUUAAACAGAAGGCAGAAAAGAAACCUUCAUGAUUCGGAUAAAAGAGUUGAUUACAAGUCGAAGCGAAAGGUUAUUUGCACUCUAGUCGCUUUGACGAUUAUUUUUUCUCUCUGUUAUGGAAUAUUUGCAGUCGUUCAGUUCCUAAAACUUGUAUAUUCUAUUCCCUUGCUUAGUGAAAUAUCUUUUCUUUUAUUAUAUAUUCCGUGUGCUACAAACCCUAUUGUAUAUGCUUUUCAGAGUUCAAACUAUCGAAACGCUUUUCGAGAGAUGGCUUCUGAACUAAAUCCGUCCAAACUUUCGAUUAAAUCCCAUAAAAAUACACAAACCAAACCAUACGAAACAGCUCUUUGAUAACAAAAAUAGAUUGUAAGUAAAUAAAGGAAUCGAAAGUAAAAA